CUUAUUGUUGUUUUUGUUCGGUCUGGAAAAGGGAAAUCAUUCCCGAAAUAAUUAUUCGGUUUGUUGGUAUCGGAUAGGACAAUUGCCAAUUACCCAACCCAUUUUCUGAAUAUAACGCCAACGAAACAAGUUAAUCCAGGCCUCACAUAUCGGAUAUUAGGGCAAAUUGAGCAGUCCUUAUCAACCCAGGUUGACUAAUGGUAACCUAAUGUGAACGUUUCCCGAGGGAGUGGAAAUAUUAUGACUCUUACAAGAAAAAGAGCCCCUGUGGAUAACAAAGGCGCUAAUGGCCUUUAUGUACAUAGUAACCCGCCUAGAAUUUUGUCUAUAAGUGCCGCUCACAUAAAGCAACUAAUAAGAAAUGGGGAUAUCGAGAAAUUGGAACAGGUGGUGCUGGAAGGACAAGGGAAAAAAUUAGUUGGAGAAUAUUCGGCUGACUACAAAACGCGAAUGUUCUUGAAGUCUGUGCCAGCAUUAAUGUCUAAAAUCUCUUUACUUCACGAUUCACUAAACAGCGAUAGAUUAUCGGAACUUCAAUCGAUUCUGGACGAAGAACCAGAGCGCAAGAAAAAGCUGGCAAUGGCCAAAGAUGAAAGCGGAGUUGGUCUUUUACAUAAGGCUGUUUAUUACGACCUUAAAUCAAUUUAUCGCUGGCUGAUUGAUAAAUUCCCUCAUACUGUAAAUUUAAGAGAUUCGGAAGGCAGGACGGCCUACUUCUACAGUCUGAUGUGCAAAGAGCCAGGGGCAGUUCAAAAACUACUUACGGUUGCUGGAGCAGAUCCUUAUGUCCAAGAUUAUCGUCAACAUUCUACCAAAUACUAUCAAAGUCAUAUGGCAGAAUUGGAAUUGCCUAGUGGACCAAAAUCCAUAGCUAGUACUAGAAAAAAUACUGCUUGUAAAGAAAGUCUGAACUUCAAAAAAUCGAACAUCCGAAUAUGGUUGCAUCAAAGAAACAUGUCCAAUCUGCAACAAGUGGUCUGGGAAGGUUACGGACCCAAACUUCUUGUGGAGCACAGCAAUAAUCCCAAGAUGAGGAAGUUUCUGGAGGCUGUACCUUAUAUCAUGGGUGUUAUAAAAGACGUUCAUUGCGACGUCCAAAACGACGAUCUAGACAGUCUAAAAAAUCGGAUAGCACCUCCAGUUCCUCUGGCAGUUUUAACUGCAAAAGAUACCAAUGGACUAACACCCCUGCAUAAGGCUGUCGGUCUAGGGAAAGCUGAAAUUGCAAAGUAUAUCAUAGAACGAGUACCUAAUAGUAUCAGCAUGACAGAUAACGAAGGCAGAACACCUCUUCAUUACACAGCAUUACUAAAAGAUGACCAGAAGAUGUUCAAUUUUUUGAUUGAGAAUGGUGCUGAUGAAUCUGCUCUUGAUAAUAGACAAAAAACAGCAGCUUAUUACAAAACUCGGACAUCAGAAUUAGACUCAAAGCUACUCCACGUAGUGCCCGAUUGUCCACGAGGAGCCAAGGAGCCUACAAGUUUUGAUUGGAGCAUGCUCACUUCAACUGCCGCUGCUUUACCUAUGAACGGAGUUUUGAAGAAAGCAGCUGAAAAAAUUGAAAAUGAUGUAAGGGGAGUAAACGACAAGUUGAUUCAAGAAGAUUCUUCGGGAUCUAAAGAAAAUGAAGUUCCUAAUGAAAGUCCGGAAGAGAAAAUCAAAACAGAAGAAGAUCCGGCAGAAAAUGAAACAGUUAAUGGAGAUGUUCUCGAAGAAAAUGGGGAAGAAGGCAAACCCGAAAAUAUCAUUGAAGAUCCAGCAAAUGAAAACGGUGACGCUGAAAACGAUGAUACUGAAGAAGACAACAAAGAUAGCGAGGACAAUAAAGAUAGUCUUGAAAAUGACAAAGACUUGGAUAAUGAAGAAUCUGAACAAAAAGCCGAAGAGGAAACAGAAAAAACCGAGGAAAUUACUAGUACUGAAGACGAAGUUUUACAUAAUGAAACUGAGGAAGAAAAACUUGAAGAAGCAGCUGAUGAACCACCAACGCAAAAUGGAAAAGAAGAAGUUAAUAAUAAUAUUGAGCCAGUUGAACCAAAUGAGUCUCCCAGAAGUAGAGCAAUUAGUCAAAACAGUGGCACACCAAAGACUCCAAGCAGUGCAAGUAACAAAAGCAGCCAUGCUAGUCCAGCGAGUAGUUCAAGGAUAAGACCAAAUAGUGGCAUUGAAAAUUCUGAAGAAGCUACUGACGCAAAACAAGAGGAUAAUCAUAACGAUCCAACUGAAAUUGAAGGUGAAGGAGUUAUAGAAGGUGUUGUUAAUGGAGAAGACGAGGUAGAGCCCGUGAAUAACGAAGGGCAAACCCGUCCUAUCACAAACGACGACGACAUAAAAUCAUUGAUCAAUUCUGGAAAUAUGGAACAGCUUGCUGCUUUAGUUCUAAACGGCGAAGGAGAAAAGCUGGUUGGAGAGAAAAGCGACAACCAGGAAUUGCAGGCUUUUUUAGAUAAUGUUCCUGUAUACAUGUCCAAAAUUAAACGUAUCCAUGAGGCAGCUCGCGAGGGUAGCCUCCGAGAUCUACAAGCAGCUUUGGAUAGGCGUAAAUUUGCUGUGGCAAGGGAUAGUAGUUCCCCCAACGGUGCUACGCCCUUACAUGUUGCUGUGGCCUUCGGAAGGACCAGUGUGGUCCGAUAUUUAGCUGGCAGAUUUCCCGAAACCGUACAUGUUGAGGACGAUAAUGGCAGAUCUUCGUUACACUAUGCCGCAGUUUUACGAGACAAUGGACAUUACUACAACUUGUUGAUACAUCUUGGAGCUGAUAAUAGGAUAAAAGAUAAGUUUGGUAACACUCCAGAAUACUACAUGAAGAACCAGUCAGAUUUCAACCAUAGACAAAUUCUUCUAGAUUUCGGUGCUCAAGAGGAAGCAGAUGAAAUUUUAAACGAUAAAGAAGUAACGAACGCAGAAGAAAUGGAAGAAAAUGGCCAAGUAGACAUGCCGUUUUUUGCUACGGAAGAAGGUAGAUAUCUUGCUUCAUCCUUAGGUGAUCCCUUAAUCAAAGGACUAACCGAAGUAGCUAAUAAACGUCCCGAGGAUCCUAUCGCCUACUUAGCAACUUACCUGUAUAAUUUUGCACGAAGUAGAGAUGGACCAAAAUCUAGAGGCAAGACACAGGAAGGCCAACAUCAGCAAAUAAUAAUAGGAGAUGCGCAAACAGCAAAUGAAAAUCAGGCAGUGCCGGCAACCAUUGAUGUAGUCACAGUAGAACCUGAUGAUGGCGGUGAUGAUGAGUCGGCUUUCAACAGUACUAGUAGAGAUGAACAUGGCCAAAGCAUGAUCCAUUUUGCAGCUUCCCGUGCUCAUGGUCGCAACGCGCUCUUUCAGCUCCUAUUAGAGAGCGAGGCUAAUAUUGCCUAUAGAGACGAGCUUUACAGAACUGCAAGGGACAUCUCGAUCCAGGCUAAUGUUCCAGAAAAUACAGUGGAAAUUGAUAGAUAUGUUUUGAAUAUUGCUACAAAUGGUGACACAAGCAAACUGGUGGAAUUAUUACUGAAUGGCUACGAUCAUAUCACGGAUAUUGUAGAUGAAGAUGAGACUCCUAUCAUUGAUAUCGUUGCAAAAGCAAACCAAUCAGAGACAGUUUCAUUUUUGCAAUCAAUAUUAGCAUUUGAGGAAAAACGUGAAAGAGUCCACCACGCAAUAAGACAAGGAUCAUUCACAGAUGUUAUGGCAUUAUUGGCCGAUGAAAACGAUACUGGAAGUGGCAAAUUGUUGGCAAUAGGAAAAAAUAGUUACGGAAGAUGCUCCUUGCAUAUUGCCGUGCUAUGUCAGCAGGAAGAAAUUGUCGAUUAUUUGGCAAAUACUUUUUCUGACACUUUACGAAUAGGAGAUAACUUGGAACGAACAGCACUACACUACGCCAUGGGAGUAGAAAAAAUGGAAACAAUCACCCGGGUAUUAAUUAAAGCUGGCGCAAAAAGGGUAGUCAAAGAUUUAAAAGGCAGACAACCGACUUACUACUUUCUGAACAAGUCUGACAUUUUAAGACUGCAAGAAGAGGAAGAGACUUUUUAACAAACGGUAAGUUCUGAUCCAGCCAGUGAAAAUGUGUGAUACGAUUUUGUCUUGGAUAUAUAAAAUUUUUGAAAAUGGUGAAAUGGAGAAUAUAAAUUAUUUGAUAAUUGAGAAGAGAGAAACAUGUAUAGAUUUUAACAUUGUUUUCGCAUUUUAAAUUGAAUUUUUAUAAUUGAAAUUAAAAAAAAAAAAUUACCCAACUAACUAUGAAAUAGGUACUUCUUGUAGUCAGGCAUCUAUUUUUUGUUUUCAUAGCUAUUCCCAGCUUUUUUGAUACAUAAUGUUAGCAUUUACUGCUGUCAAACAAAAAAAUCAAUUUUUCAGUUUAGUAGGUAACACCUUGAUGUUUCCAAAAAAACUGCAUCAUAAUAACGUGCAUAGUAGUAGUAGAUAAAUGUAGGAAAAUUUUUCUAUUUAAUAAUAUUGAUAAGAAAACUUAUUGGAUAAGAGUUGAUAGAAUUGGAAUAAUACUUUAGGCAACAUUAAAGAUAGUUAUUGAAUAAGAUUGGAACACCUUUUUUUGGGAUACGCCUUAUUCUUCGCAAAAUGCCUUCAUGUAUUCCGUCUGAUAGAAAACAAUAAAAAAUAUUCAAACUAUUUCUUUGCUAGGUUUCAAAAAGCAUUUAAAAAACUAUACCGUUUUUGUUAAUCUGGUUAUUCAUCAUCACUGUUGAAUUUGUCACUUGAAAAACCAAACGACAUUUGAAAUCUAGUAAGGAAGGCGCAAUUAAAUAAAAAAUAUUUUUGAAAAUUAUGUUUUAGUAUCUAGGUUUAUGCGUUUCUGGACCUAAAUGUAAAUUAUUUAUACCAUGUUGAAUCUUUUAA